AUGGCGAGCGACCUCGGCGUCACCAUCGGCCAGCGCGCCUUCCACGUGCACCAGUACCCGCUGUACGCGCUACUAGCCUUCCACGUGCAUCAGUACCCGCUGUACGCGCUACUAGCUCUAAUCCGUUUCACGUAUGUAACCAGGCUUCACGGUACAGACGCUCCAGACUCUCCCUCUGUCUCCUUUUCUCCUUUCUCCUCCGUUCUCCUCUCUUCCUCUCCCUUUCCGUCCCUUCUCCCGUCCUUUCCCUUCCCGUCCCUUCCCUCCUCCUCCUCCCUCUCCUUUUCCUUCCCGCUCUUCCCCCCUCAGCUUCUCCCCUCCCUGUCGACGGUGAUAGCGAGCGCGGCAGCAGCAGCGGGCGGCCGCCCCUGCCGCCUCUCGCCCCACUCCGUGCUGCUCGUGCGCUCCGCAGACUGGAGCCCACUGACUGGAUCUCACCCCAUUCCCCCUCUCCCCUCUCCCCCCUUCCCCCUCUUUCCCCUCUUCCCCCUUCCCCGUCUCCCCCCUUCGCCUCCUCCCGCUGGCAGCAUGGCUGCUGGAGAUGAGCGCGUGUGGGCCAAGCCACGCACUGCCACUGCCGCAGCUGCCGUGCCUGCACGUCCUCUCAUCGUAUGUUCCCAGGCAACGCGCGCAUGUGAGAGUACCUGGGGUCUUUGCACUUGGACAUGGGCUUCAUGCACCAGGCGUACCAUGAUUUACACGCAUCUCACUACACAGAAGCCCAGCAGCGACAAAGAAGCAUCCUUCCUCAUCACUGCCUUCUACCAGCUUCACCCUGUCAACGGCGAUCGCCAACACAGCAGCAGCAGCAGCGGGCGAGGGCACGGGCCCCUGGCAAGCGGGCCUCUCGUUCCUGCCUGGCAGCGCGCUCUCCUUGGUCCCCAUCGCAUGCUACUGCUACGCCCGCCCCUGCCGCCUCUCGCCCCACUCCCUGCUGCUCGUGCGCUCUGCAUGUACGGAGGGGCAGGAGGGGAAGAGUGUGGGAGUUUGCGUGUGGAGACAUCGCUGCUGGAGAUGAACCUUAAACCUCCCUUCCCCCCACUCUCCCCCCUUCCCACUCUACUCUCUUCCCUUCUUCCCCCUCUCCCCCCUUCCCCCUCAUAUCCCUUCCCCGUCUCCCCCCUUCGCCUCCUCCCGCUGGCAGCAUGGCUGCUGGAGAUGAGCGCGUGUGGGUCCAGCCACGCACUGCCACUGCCGCAGCUGGCAACACAACGCCUGCAGCACCUCCUGCAGCACUGCCCUCCGUGCCUGCACGUGCUCUCAUCGCAGAAGCAGGGAAUGGCCGCACAGCAGCUGAGCAGCACACGGGAGCGCUACUACUGCCACUCACUGCACCACUGCCGGCAGCAGGGGCAGCGCCGCCUGCAGCGCGAGGAGAAGCAGAGGCGGCACUGGGGCACGGCCUAUGGGGAUGUCUCCUUGCUCACUCAUAAACUCCACUGGCAAGAAGCUUUCUGGCAAGCCCUGCAGCAUCUUGCUCGCCUCCUCCCCGACCCGACCCCGCCACCCUGCUUCUCUUCACUGGCCUGCUCUUCCGCCUGCUCUCUCACGCCUGCUCUUUGGGGUUGGGAAUUACCUGUCUGA